UCAACAUUCAUGCUUCUUAUAUCCUCGCAUUCUCGGCAUAUUCUUUGGGGAAAGCGUCUUGACAGCGGAUGAGAGAACAUCAUGGGGGGUUCCAGUGCUAAAAGGAAGAAGGAAAAGAAGAAAGAUUUCCAGAAACCAAAGUUGAAGGUCGGGAAGGCAAAGCCGAAAGCGGCCAACUUCACAGACACAAGUUUCAAAGCCAAAUCAAUUGUAUUGACUCAACAGUCUCUUUCAGCGAAUGCGCCAUCCGUGGUUGCACAGUGCUCUCAUCAUCUUUCCAUGCUCGCUCACAAGUCCGAUUCGCAGAGACGUGACUCUCUGGCAUAUUUGACCACAGCAAUCACAAACACUCCCGCUGGUGCUCCGCUACCACAACCAACAUCAAUCAUUCUACCGGCUGUGCAACGUCUCAUUCUGGAUGGUUCCAACGCUGUGCGACAACAGCUUCUCAAGCUCCUUCAAAGUCUACCAAAGAACGACAUCGCAAGCUAUAGUGAUCAACUGUUAUUGCAUACCCGAGCUGGAAUGACCCAUAUAGCGACAGAAAUUCGAACUUUUGCUCUGGAUGUUCUGGAAUGGUUACUCGGAGUAGCAGGUGAUGAAGUUGUUAGUGGCGUAGGUGGUUGGGUCAAGAUGCUCAAGUGUUUUAUUGGCCUCUUAGGCUGGCAAAAUGAAACGUCAGGUAAAUGGUCGGCCCCUAAAUCAUUUGGGAAAUCGGGCGGAGACGCAAAGAUCAUGGUCAAGCAGAUGAAUGCUCUUGCAGCAUUUUUGAGAGCAGGGCUUGUGCCUUCUCAAACUGAAGAACCAAUUGAUGUAGGCGGUACUACCUUUCCACUCUGGCAGUGCGAGCACCACAUGGUGUCUGAACGAUCAAACACAUUUGUGCACUUGAAUCUGUUCGGGGCUCCAAGGGACGAAGAAGCAGAGAUGUAUGAAGACCGAGAGGAUCGACAGAGAGUUUUUCACGAUAAAGCAGAAGCUGCAAUUGUUGCUGGUCUUGACCAGGUAACGAAAGGCGGCGGAGAGUUGGGCCGUGCGGCUGCUCAACUGCGAAAAGUAGUGAGAGAAGGCAUGUCGGACUUCCGCAGUGAUUAGAGUUCAAUGACUCAGAAUUCGAAGGAGCGUCCCAGAAAUG